AGUCAAGAAGAAGAGGUUGCCCGAUUACGAACGGAACUCAGUGAUCUGAUCCGGGAAGAAGCAAUGCUGCAAGAUCGUCUGGUCGAGAGUCGUCGUCGGAUGGAAGCAAUUGAAACGGAAAAUCGUGUAACUCAAACACGAAUUGACAAGGUGAGUGAGUAA